UGUGGCGGGAGGGGGAGGAGGAAGUCAAGGCGCCUGCGCGGAGAGGCCGCUUUCCAUCCGGGUCUCUGUCCGUGCGGUGCAGCAGGUCGGUAGGCGGGAAAUGGCGACUGGCUGAAGGAGCUGGUUCUGUUGCUGCUGCGGGCUAAGCGGGAAAGACACCACACAUUGCGCAGUCGGGACCAUCGCCGGAGCCUGAGGACACUUCUCUGUCGUCACAGUUAGUUUUAUAUGUGGCACUCAUAAAAGAUGAGGCUGAGAACACGUAAAGCUUCUCAGCAGUCAAAUCAAAUCCAAACACAACGCACUGCUAGAGCAAAGAGGAAAUAUUCAGAGGUCGAUGAUAGCCUGCCUUCAGGGGGAGAAAAAACACCGAAAAAUGAAACCGGCUUGUUGUCUUCAAUUAAAAAAUUCAUUAAAGGAAGCACACCCAAGGAAGAGAGAGAAAAUCCUUCGAAACGGAGUAGGAUUGAACGUGAUAUAGAUAAUAAUUUGAUCACAUCAACACCAAGAGCAGGAGAAAAGCCUAACAAACAGAUAUCUCGAGUAAGACGGAAAAGUCAAGUAAAUGGAGAAGCUGGUAGUUAUGAAAUGACAAAUCAACAUGUAAAACAAAAUGGAAAAUUAGAAGAUAAUCCUUCCUCUGGCAGUCCUCCAAGGACUACAUUGUUGGGGACCAUAUUUUCUCCUGUCUUCAACUUUUUUUCACCAGCAAAUAAAAAUGGAACAUCAGGAUCCGAUUCCCCAGGACAGGCUGUGGAAGCUGAAGAGAUAGUAAAACAACUUGAUAUGGAACAGGUGGAUGAGAUCACUACCAGUACUACUACGUCAACAAAUGGAGCAGCUUACUCAAAUCAAGCAGUUCAAGUGAGGCCAUCAAUAAAUAAUGGUUUAGAAGAAGCAGAAGAAACAGUUAAUCGUGAUAUCCCACCCCUUACAGCACCAGUAACUCCAGAUAGUGGCUAUUCAUCAACUCAUGCAGAGGCCACCUAUGAAGAAGACUGGGAAGUAUUUGACCCGUAUUAUUUCAUCAAACAUGUUCCACCACUGACAGAAGAACAACUAAAUAGGAAACCUGCUCUUCCAUUGAAAACAAGAAGCACACCAGAAUUCUCCCUAGUUUUAGACCUGGAUGAAACACUAGUACACUGUAGUCUAAAUGAGCUAGAAGAUGCAGCACUUACUUUUCCAGUCCUUUUCCAAGAUGUCAUUUAUCAGGUUUACGUGAGAUUAAGACCAUUCUUCAGGGAAUUCCUGGAACGAAUGUCUCAGAUGUAUGAGAUCAUUCUUUUUACUGCUUCUAAGAAGGUGUAUGCAGACAAGUUACUGAACAUACUAGACCCUAAAAAGCAACUGGUCAGGCAUCGGCUUUUCCGUGAACAUUGUGUUUGUGUACAAGGAAACUAUAUAAAGGACUUAAAUAUCCUUGGAAGAGAUCUUUCAAAGACUAUAAUAAUUGACAACUCACCACAAGCCUUUGCAUAUCAGCUAUCUAAUGGAAUCCCUAUAGAAAGCUGGUUUAUGGAUAAAAAUGACAAUGAGCUCCUAAAAUUGAUUCCAUUUCUGGAGAAGCUUGUAGAACUGAAUGAAGAUGUUCGACCUCACAUCAGAGACAGAUUUCGCUUGCAUGAUUUGCUGCCCCCAGAUUAAGUACAAAGACUUGUCAAAUCACUGAAGGGGGAGAGAAUGCAGGACCCUUUUGGACUAAGAUAAAAACAUUGCCAUUACUGUUGAAAUUUUGCAUUUUUGUACCCCGUCUUGCUUUUCUUAUCUUUGGUGCCCAAUAAUAAUCAAGGGUUACAGAAAGAGACUUUAUCUCAGAUUGAAUACAUACAGUAGGUAGGCUAAAACAGAAGAGUCUUUAGAACUAGUGCAACUCCAGUGAAAUUUUUUUAUGUACAGGACAUCUGCAGUUUAUAAAGAAUUCUGUUUCUGCCACCAGCAGUUUGACCUGUAGUCACACAGGAUUUUAUGAUAAUAACAGAGAUGAAAAUGGACUUUUAUUUUCUCUCUGUUUGGUGCUCUAAGUGGGUUUGUAGCCACUUUUCUGUUACUUUAAGAUUCUCAUUUCAACAGGAAUGGCCAGUAAAAGUUGUUUUAUUUUUCCUGUUAAGGUUUAUAACCUUUUUACAUUUUUGACCUGUAUUAGAUUAGAUUUUCAUUAUGCAUUCCUUUUAGUUAAGGCGCUUCAUAGUUUUCUGGAAAUAGUCAAUUUUUAGUUUUUUAUUAUACAUUUGAAUGGCCGUUUUCCUGCUUUGUCUGCCUGCAUAUUGUAUAUUUGUUUAAAAAUAUUCUCUACUUUUAGUCCAUGUAAGUUUCAUUUAGAAAGACAUGCAUUUAUAUUUUGUUUCUGUAAUAUUCUACUGUAGGUGAAAUCUUAAAAAAAAAAAAAUCAAAGGACUGGG